AUGCGGAACCCUUUUCGGCGCCGAAACAAGAAGGAUAAACUCGCCAACGGCCGCCAAGGAUCCGACGCCGGUGUCGUCCCCGACGAGUUCCGGCCUCCGGGCGCCGGCCGACCGCCUCUGUUCCCUCCGACUCGCGGCUCUGCCUACCUCCUCGCUCACCUCCCGCCCAACGUCCUCCAGCGCAUAUUCGCCUUUGUCUGCCCGCACGCCCGAGAUGAGAGCUAUGAGACUUGUGAGGGUAGUGCGAGCGCAAGCGAUAGCACAUGUAUGCUCUGUGACUUGCGCGACCUAGCGCAUUGCGCCCAGGUCUGCCGUGUCUGGCGUCAGAACGCCGUCAAGGUCUUCGUCCGCAUUGAUGCCGUUCACUACUGUCCCCUCGAGGCAUGGCUGGCCGAGAGACGUAAAAAGACACACCGAUUCGAUCGCAAUGGCAUCCCAGAGGAUCCUGCUCAGGCCCGUCUGCGCCUCCUCCGCCGUACCGUUCGCGACGACCCGACACGCAUUGGCAAGCUGGUAGAGUACCUCAAGAUGCCCUACAUGCUACGCGAGUCCUCCCAGGUCGAGCUUGCCCAGACCAUAGCUGUACUUCCGAACCUCAAAUAUGUCGACCUGCCCGAGGGCAUGUUCUGCGACGACCCGAGCUUUGCUACCCUACGUCUUGAAGUCCAAGCCCGAUGUCCCAACCUCCGGAAGAUGACAUACGUGGGCGGUUCUGAGCGGAGCUUUACCAUGCUCGCCACAGGGCAGGUCUGGCCUCGAAUUGAGGUGCUUGAGCUUAAUAAUCUCAACAUCGAUCCCAUGACCAUCCGGGCUGUGCUUGGGAGCCUUACCCAUUUGCAAGCUCUGAAGGUGUCUGAAACCCCAGGCCUCACAGACGAGGUCCUAUCAUCAUCAGACGGAAUGCCUACCCUACCACCAAUGAAGGAGCUGGUACUCAAGGACACGCCUGGUGUGACCUUGAGGGGGCUCAUUGAGUAUCUGGCGUGGCAGGAGACGCAGCAGGCUCUAACGGUCUUGACCCUCAAGGAUACCGGCGUUCACCCUGCGACUCUGCAGGAGAUUCUCACAAUGGCCUCGUCUCUCAAGACACUUGCUAUUCAGACAAGCGUUGUCGAACAGUUUCCUAACUCUUCCAAAAUCCGUCCUCUUGCAUCAAGGACAUUGGAGACACUACGAUUUGAAAUAUCCCCUGCUUCAUCCGGUCCCUUUGCAAGCGUAACGCAAGGUUAUUAUACCUAUCUUGCCUCGUCUAUCCUAGGAGGAGGCUUUCCCAGGCUUCGGAGACUAUAUGUCCAUGACGAUACCUUCCCUGACCAACUCCAGGGACUUCCACCUCCCAACGCCGCCUUUGCUGGAGGCCAUGUCCGCUCUAGCUCUAACUCGUCAAGCAAGUCGACUCCUGCUUUCAAUCUCUCGCCAGCUGGUGGAAAUCUCCCCCCAUUUGCGCCUAAGCGGCCGGUUUCCAACAUACCUCCCUCCAACAAACGCUUUAGUUCCAACAACCCCUUUGCUCGUGGCCCUUCUUCUCCUCCUCCCACACAUCAUCUGGAAGUAUUUACCAAAAGUGACGAGUUUGGUAAGUGGAACUUUGCUCGGAUUGACCCUAUUCGGUCUGCCGCAGCCCCCUCUCGUCGACCGAUCAGUAGCUAUGGGCUGGCGGCCGACGUUACGGGGUUGGGGUGGGAUCAAGGCGAUGCCCGGCGAAGUAUCAUGGUUGGCAACGGAACCGGUGGCUUCCUAGCUGUGCCAGGCCAAGGGGGCGAUCGUGAAAGUACGGGCAGUGCGCUAUCUGGAGAUUGGCGGCCUCAGAGCAGUGGAGGGGAGCCUCGAGGCAGUCGAGAUCUGUGGAGAUAA